CAUUGGCCGAGAUCGACGGGGCGCAGCAACCCCAUUGGCCGGGCUCGACGGCGCGCGGGCGCAGGCGGGGGCGCGACGACCCAUUGGCCGAGGGCGGCGGGAGCGGCGCGGCGGUGCUUAGUACGCGGCGGCCGCCAUGCUGCGCCUCGCGGCCAACUUGGUGGCCUUCUUUUGGAGGAAGGCGGACGGCCCGAGGGAGGAGGCGGGGCCGCCGGGGCCCGACCUCGCGGAAGGUGACAGCAAGUUGAAAACCGUCCAGGGCGUUGUCACAAGGUACUGCAGCGAUUAUGGGAUGAUCGAUGAUCUGAUCUACUUCUCCAGUGAGGCUGUGACUAGCAACGUGCUUCUGAAUGUUGGACAGGAAGUUAUUGCAGUUGUGGAAGAAAAUCACGUGUCGAAUGGACUGAAAGCCAUCAGGGUGGAAGCUGUCUCUGAUAAAUGGGAAGAUGACAGCAGAAACCUCAGCCAAGGGCCGGCAGGCUCCAGUCCCCGAGUGCUGAUUGGCUGCGUGACUUCCUUGAUGGAAGGGGCUGGCUACAUCAGUCAGACCACAUACUUCUCUCUGGAGAACGUUUGUGAAGGUUUCCAGCCCUGCAAGGGAGACUGGGUGGAGGCUGAGUAUUGGAUACGGCCAGGCACGUGGAGCAGCGAGGCCAUCUCAGUGAAGCCACUGAGGUACAAGCGUGUGGACAGGGUCUGCAUUUCCAGCCUCUGUGGAAGGAAUGGUGUGAUAGACGACAGUAUCUUUUUCACCUUGGACUCUCUGAACCUUCCAGAAGGAUAUAUCCCUCGAAGAUACGACGUGGUCAGUGCUGUGGUGGUGGAGAGCAGCCAGUCGUGCUAUGUCUGGAGAGCCCUCUGCAUGACUCCAGUGAAAAGGCGAGACUCCCCUGCUGGCGAAGAGGCUGCCGCUGAGUCCUGUGGAGCCCUUUUAUUGAAAAACAAAGGUGAUAUUGAAGUCACAAGGAUGACAAAUUUUGGAACUCUAAAAGAAGGAGGAAGCAAAAAUAUGGUGAUCUGGAUAGAGAAUAAAGGAGAUGUUCCUCAAAACUUAGUCAGCUGCAAACUGGCUGGCUGGGAUAAAGCAAAACAAUUCAGAUUUCAAAUGCUGGAUAAAGACCAAACUUGCCCCGUGGCGUCUAUUGUUUCUGUUCCUGAGAAGGAGAAGAAUUUUUCGGAUGAAAAUGUUAACUCAUUAGAUAGCUACAGAAAAAACAAAACCUAUCAGACGGAGAACAGUCUGGUGAACAGCAGAGAAGUCUCCCCAGAUAACUGUGCCUGUAAAGGAGAGAAUGGAGAAGAAGAAAAGAGUAUAUCAAGGAAGCAGGUGACAGAAGCUGGUGGACUCAUCCCUCCAGGUGGCAGAACCCUGGUUGUGAUUGUAUGUGACGCAAAGAAUUCUGGCCGCUGCAAGGAGCUCCUUCUGCUUUGCUUCUCUAAUUUCAUAAUCGGGCGAGUCCUUGAAGUGAAUGUUGUAAGUGGAGAGGAGUCACUGAUAGCUGUCCGAGAACCAUUUUCAUGGAAAAAGUCUAAAAGUUCCCAAGCAUUAGCUUCCGCCAAAACUACAGUGGUGGUAACCACACAGAAAAGGAACUCAAGACGACAACUUCCAAGUUUCCUUCCACACUAUCCAAUACCAGAUAGACUUAAAAAAUGUGUAGAACAAAAAAUCGACAUACUGACCUUUCAGCCGUUGCUCGCAGAGCUUUUGAAGAUGUCAAACUACAAGGAGAAAUUUUCAACUUUGCUUUGGCUUGAGGAAAUUCAUGCAGAAAUGGAACUGAAAGAGUAUAAUAUGAGUGGAGUCACCUUGAAAAGAAAUGGGGAUUUUCUGGUUCUGGAGGUUCCAGGAUUAGCUGAAAGUAGGCCUUCUCUGUAUGCAGGUGAUAAACUGAUUUUAAAAACUCAAGAGUACAAUGGACAUGUCAUUGAAUACAUCGGCUACGUGAUUGAGAUUCAUGAAGAAGAUGUAACUCUUAAACUUAAUACAGAAUUUGAACAAGCGUAUAACUUUGAACCUAUGGAUGUGGAAUUUACAUAUAGUAGGACCACAAGCAGACGGUGUCACUUUGCACUUGAACAAGUCAUCCGCUUAGGUGUGAAAGUGUUGUUUCCAGAAGAAAUCAUUUUACAGUCUCCCCAAGUGACUGGGAAUUGGAACCUCACACAAGACACCAAAACUGAUGGACAGUCUACCACCAAGAAUAGGAAAGCCAUGAAGGACCAAACUAAGCAUACAACAAAGGAGAGGAGGACUGGUGCCCAGGGCACGCCGGGGCCGGCAGCCUUGGCUGCAGAGACAAGUAGUCUGGUAAAUGAAGUUCAUAUCCCUAAAGUGGGAGAGAAGGAAUUUUUCAAUCCAGUGCUCAAUGAAAAUCAGAAGUUAGCAGUUAGAAGAAUUCUGAGUGGCGACUGCCGCCCACUGCCAUAUAUUCUUUUCGGACCUCCUGGAACUGGGAAGACAGUGACGAUAAUAGAGGCCGUUUUACAGAUGUACUACACUUUGCCAGACAGUCGGAUUUUGGUCUGUGCGCCCUCCAACAGCGCUGCUGACCUUGUGUGUUUGCGGCUACACGAGAGCCAGGUGCUGCGGCCAGGCGCCAUGGUCCGUGUGAACGCCACCUGCAGGUUCGAGGAGACCAUCAUCGAUGCCAUCAAACCGUAUUGCAAAGACGGAGAAGACAUCUGGAAAGCCUCGCGCUUCAGGAUCAUCAUCACAACAUGCAGCAGCUCCGGGCUCUUCUACCAGAUAGGGGUGAGAGUCGGACACUUCACACACGUGUUUGUGGAUGAAGCAGGUCAAGCAAGUGAGCCAGAAUGCCUGAUUCCUCUGGGGCUGAUUUCAGACAUCAGUGGCCAGAUUAUCCUUGCUGGAGACCCCAUGCAGCUCGGACCGGUCAUCAAGUCCAGACUUGCCAUGGCCUAUGGGCUGAACGUUUCUAUGUUGGAAAGACUGAUGUCCCGACCAGCGUAUAUGAGAGAUGAAAACGCUUUUGGUGCCUGUGGUGCCUACAACCCCUUGCUGAAAUGUCUUGUGCUGACAUUGGCCGUGGACUUGCUGCCUGCUCUCUGCUCGCAGGUUACGAAGCUCGUGAAGAACUACAGAUCCCACUCGGCUCUGCUUGCACUGCCGUCCAGACUGUUCUACCACAGGGAGCUCGAAGUCUGUGCCGACCCCAAGGUGGUGACCUCCUUGCUGGGCUGGGAGAAGUUACCAAAGAAAGGCUUCCCCCUCAUCUUUCACGGCGUGAGGGGCAACGAAGCUCGUGAAGGGAGAAGCCCAUCGUGGUUCAACCCGGCUGAAGCUGUCCAGGUCAUGCGCUACUGCUGCCUCCUAGCCAGGAGCGCCUCGAGCCAGGUGUCUGCCAGUGACAUCGGUGUGAUCACACCCUACCGGAAGCAGGUGGAGAAAAUCAAAAUUCUUUUGAGAAAUGUUGAUCUGAUGGAUAUAAAGGUUGGCUCAGUAGAGGAGUUUCAAGGGCAAGAAUGUUUGGUUAUCAUCAUCUCAACUGUACGGUCAAAUGAAGAUAGUUUUGAAGAUGAUCGAUAUUUUUUGGGUUUCUUGUCCAACUCAAAAAGAUUUAAUGUUGCAAUCACCAGACCCAAAGCCUUGCUGAUUGUGCUGGGAAAUCCUUACGUUCUCGUCAGAGAUCCCUGCUUUGGUGCUUUGCUGGAAUACAGCAUCACAAACGGGGUUUACACGGGUUGCAACCUACCUCCUGAGCUGCAGUCCCUGCAAGACUGUGGCUAGGUACAGCCUGCCCUUCCCUACCCACCAGAGCCAGGACCCGCAGAACGGGAGAUGACUGCAUCCGGAGCCCCCUGUUGACGAGGGAUGGCCAGUGACGCCAUGCACCACACCCUGAGGAGCUGCUGUCCCUGUGCCGUGGCCUGCCUUGUCUCACGGUCUAGGCCACAAGUGUGGGGGCCACUGGGUCUGAUGGAGCCUGCUCACGCUGCCAUCAGCUCUGCAUGUCAGCCUGUUCCUGCCACUGGGUAGUUACUGCAACCCAUCACCAAAAUAAAUGCUCUAGUGGGACACCCACAUGGCUUUCCACCUUGA